UUGCAGCUGAAAAAGAGGAAGACUUCGAGAAGUGCAAUUUUGUUUUGUACUGUUGCUGCAUUUUGGCACGCUAAAGCUCCUUUUUGAGUAAAAACACAAAAAAAGUAUAACUCUGUGAAGUGAAAUUGAAUAAUGCUUAACUUGCCUGCCGUGAGGGGCAAUGGAUAGUUGUUUUUGUUCGCUGCAGCGCCAAAAACAAGACUUCCAAACCAAUUAGAAAGAGUCGGCUGCGCAGAUUCGAAGAUUAUGUUAAAACGCUCGUUGAAGGUGCUAAUUGCUCUGGGGCUGAGUUUGAUGUUCACGGUAUCGCUGGUGAAAAUAGUGCUAUUGAUUUGGUCCUCUUUGCAUCCUGCCGCCCCCCACAGCCCCCCGCCCCUGCCCACCGUUGACGAAUGGCUGGAUUCGGAGCAGUUGUCCUCCUACAAGCAAUUGUUCCGCGAUAAAGGCAUCUCGUCCCUGUCAAGCUGCGGCGAUCCUGAGCGCCUGCCAGAGCUGCCACCAUUGGACGAGCAGCGACUGCAACGUGCUGCACUGCAUCUGCAGCAGAAGCUGAUCCUGCGCGAGUGGCUGCGCGAGCACCGGCUGCAGCAUCACUACCAACGACUCUUGGCCGUGGAGGUGGCCUCCCUGGAGGACGUCUACUGGCUGGAGGACUCGCGGGCCAGCAAGAUCCUCGGCAAGGACUGGCAACUGUGGUCCAGUGCCCGGCAGAACCUGCCCACGUCCAAGGCCCAGUUGGACGCCUUGAAGGCACAGCUCUGGUCGACGGUGGUCAAGAGCAGCCAGCACCAGGACGCCUGGACAUGGGGUGGCAUGCUGGUGGUCUCCGUUUCUGUUGCAGGCCUGGUCACCUUGGCUGCCAUGACGCAGCCAGCUCUUGCCCCAGAGGCGCGGCACUCCCUACUGCAGUAUGUGACCGGGAAGUAUCUGCUGCCCGCCAAUUGCAAGGUCCAGUGGGACUGGAAGGAUCCGGCCUGCGUGGGCGGCACCAUGUGCUUCGUGGUCCGCUUCUUCCAGCGCAACGGCCAGCCCUACCCCAUCUGUGAUACGGAUCAGUUCUUCGUGGAGGUCACCGAGGGCACCCGCAAGGUGGUGACCAUCAGCGAGCUGGGCUCCUCCACCGAUCCCAACAACGCCAACAUUGCCAAGGUGAAAUUCACUGUCCGCACGGCUGGUCAGUACAAGAUCUCGGUGCUGAUCGGAGUCAGUCACAUCGCCGGCUCACCCUUUCUGCGAUCUUUCCUGCCCGGCGCCAUCGACGCCCGGCGAUCGCGAUUUAUUCGCCCGGCCAGCACGGUCAUCUGCUGUGCCGGAUCCCCGACCCUGAUGCACAUCGAGCCGCGGGAUGAGUUCGGAAACUCCUGUCUCUUCGAUCAGAACCAAUCGGAUGAGGCUCUACAGGGCUACCAAGUGGCCGUCUAUGACCUCCACGGAGUGGCGGUGGAGAAGCUGCAGCAUGCCAUUACCUUUGCCUACGACAAGGUCAACUCCCGGGUGUCGGUCACAGCCCUGUUUCCGGAACCAACGUGCCUCCGGGCGGUGAUCAGUUACCGGGAACAGCAGCUGCCAAACGGAGACUUCGACAUCAUUGUACUAAGUAGCAGCGACACCACCUUGGUGCACAAGAACAUCGCCUCGAGGAAGCACAAUAUCUGCUAUGAGGCCAAGUUGCUGAGCAUCUUCGGAGUGGCCAAGAGCAAGCCAAGGAAGGUGCUCUGCUAUGUGGGACCCAAGCAGAACUCUCUGAUCUUCCAGGUGACCAUUAAGGAGAUGAUACUCAAAUUCAUUCCAAAGAGGAUCGCCACCUUCCGGCUGUGUCCCUCGACCAAGUUCCACUUUCUGCCGCAGCUGGUCUCCCAGUUGCACGGUCCAGUAUUCAUCAUCGAUGAUGGGGCCCAGCCCAAGAUCGAGCUGGCCUCAAAGGAUCGGAAUAUUAUUGCGGCCACCUUCACACAUUUUCUGCUGAAGAACAUCGGCGGCUCAGAGACGUUCAAGGAUAAGCAGGACUUUUUCUACCACGAGGUGCGAAAGUUUCAUGCCAGUUACUACCACGAGAAGAUGGCCUUGAAGGUGCAGCGGGAUAAAAUCCUGGAGAGCAGCAUGAAGGCCACCAAGGGCUUCUCGGUGUCUGACUGGUGCGGCAACUUCGAGGUGACCUUCCAGGGCGAGCAGGGCAUUGACUGGGGCGGCCUCCGCCGGGAGUGGUUCGAACUGGUGUGCAGUUCCUUAUUCGACGCCCGCGGCGGUCUCUUCUGCACCUUCCACGAUAAGCACCAGGCGCUGGUCCAUCCGAAUCCAACGCGACCGGCUCAUCUCAAACUAAAGCACUUUGAAUUCGCCGGCAAGAUGGUGGGCAAGUGCCUCUUCGAGAGUGCUCUGGGAGGAAGCUAUCGCCAGCUGGUGAGGGCACGAUUCAGUCGCUCCUUUCUGGCUCAGUUGAUCGGGUUGAGGGUGCACUAUAAGUACUUUGAACAAGAUGACCCGGAUUUGUAUCUGUCAAAGAUCAAGUACAUUCUGGACACAGACCUGGACGCCACGGACACCCUGGAGCUGUACUUCGUGGAGGAGUUGUACGAUGCCAGCAGCGGGCAGCUGAGCAAGACCAUUGAACUGAUCCCGAAUGGGGCCAGGACUCGGGUGACGAAUGCCAGCAAGAACCAGUAUCUGGACGCUUUGGCCCAACAGCGACUCUGCAACAGUGUGAAGGAUGAGGUGGACAGUUUUCUUAAGGGCCUGAACUCCAUUAUACCUGAUAAUCUACUCAGCAUUUUCGAUGAGAACGAACUGGAGCUGCUCAUGUGCGGCACCGGGGAGUACUCCAUCAGUGACUUUAAGUCGCACCACAUUGCCAACGGCAACUCGGCCGAAUUCCGACGGGUUCUGGCCUGGUUCUGGGCCGGAGUGAGCAACUUUAGCCAGACGGAGAUGGCCCGACUGCUGCAAUUCACAACGGGCUGCUCUCAAUUGCCGCCCGGUGGCUUCCAGGAGCUGAAUCCGCAGUUUCAGAUCACGGCGGCGCCCACAUUUGGCAACCUGCCCACGGCGCACACCUGCUUCAACCAGCUGUGCCUGCCGGACUACGAGAGCUACGAGCAGUUCGAGAAGUCGCUGCUGCUGGCCAUCAGCGAGGGCAGCGAGGGAUUCGGGAUGGUCUAGGACCACCCUGGGAUGGCCAUCUCAUUGCUUUUUGUCUGCUACUGCUACUGUGUUCCUCUCUCUGUGCGCUUUGAGUGUCUAGUGCUAGAAACUAAGUGAAACUAGUCCGUAAGCCCCGCCUAGUGAUAAAUUGCCAUUAAAAUCCUGCGUUGCCUCGGUUUUGUUUUGUGCCGCCUAGAGAGCCCAAAAUUAUUACUAUUAUUACUAGUAUUAGUAUUAUCCCCUUUGUGGUAAAUCCAAAAAUCGUUAAGCAAUAAUAGUCGCGGAUUAGCCGGCGUAGCGAGCGUAGUUGUAAAAUCCAAAAGUCAAAAUGCAAAUUAAAACUGAAUAUAUAUCAUCAUCAAAAGGAAUGUGAUAAUUGUAUUAUAAACUAAUGCAACCUAAGCGUAAAUGGGAUAAACUUUUAACUACCAAUUCGGUAACCAACAAGAAUAAGUAGCCAUUAAAAUCGAAACCAAAAACCAAAAGCCACUUUAAUUAAUUGUUAGAUGUGCUGUGUAAA